GCGCUCUUCGGCUGCAUCGCGCUGGUCUCCACUCUCGCUUCCUUGGCUCAUGCGCAAACCACCGUCUCCGCUGGAGGCUCCGGCGUGCACAUCCUGUUCCAAACCGACAAGUGGGUGACGCCCUACAUCCACUACAAGGCCGGCACCGGCAGCUGGACCACGUCGCCCGGCGUGGCCAUGGCCGCCAGCACCAACUCCGCGUACCCGGCGAAGGACGGCUGGUUCCAGUUCGACGCUGCCUCGGCCACGUCGCUCGAGUUCGUCUUCAAUGACGGAGUCGGCAUCGUCUGGGACAACAACAACAACGCCAACUACAAGGUCUCGGCGGCCGGCUCCUACUCGGUCGUGAGCAAGGUGUCCGGCUUCAAGACGGGCGAUCUCCCUUACAUCCACUUCAACGCCGGCAGCGGCUGGACCACCGUGUCCGGGUACGCCAUGACGGCCAGCACGUACGCCGGCAAGUUCUCGGCUGCCAACGGCUGGUACCAGUACGAUAUCUCGUCCACGUCGUCUGUGGAAAUCGCCUUCAAUGACGGCAACGGAGUAUGGGACAGCAACCUCAACGCCAACUACGUGCGCUCAUCGCCUGGCGCCUACGCGUUCGUGAACCAGAACACGCAGACGCCCACGUCGGCCCCGUCCGUCCAGGGCUACGUCAAUGGGCCCGGGUACGCUGUCACGUCCACCAGCGAGUCGGCCGGUGUGCUCACCAUUAACCUGCAGGUGAACUCGGCCGCCACGGCCACCUCGUACGGCUCGGACCUGUCGGCGCUCGUGGUCACGGUCGCCAAGACGGAGAGCGACAGCGUGCGCGUCAAGAUCGUGGACAAGAACAACAAGCGCUGGGAGGUGCCCAAGAGCAUCUUCACGGCCGGCACGCUGGGGGCCGACAGCACCGCCACGGCCGCCGCAGCGGACCCGCUGUACACCUUCAACUACACGCAGAACCCCUUCACGUUCCAGGUGACGCGCAAGUCGGACGGCUACACGUUGUUCGACUCGUCGGGCAUCUCGCUCGUGGUCAAGGACCAGUACCUGCAGGCGUCCACGGUGCUGGGCAGCGACCUGAGCGUCUACGGCAUCGGCGAGAGCACGCGCGAGAACUUCAAGAUGGCGUCGGGCGACAAGCAAACGCUCUGGGCCCGCGACCAAGGAUCCGCGUCCGCCAACGUCAACACGUACGGCUCGCACCCGUUCUUCCUCGGCGUCAACAGCGCCGGCCAGGCCCACGGCGUGCUCCUGCUCAACAGCAACGGCAUGGACGUGACCAUGGACAGCGGCCACCUCGUGUACCAGACGAUCGGCGGCGUGCUCGACUUCAACAUCGUGGUGGGCCCCACGCCGGCCAACGUCGUCUCGCAGUACACGAAGCUCAUCGGCCGGCCGAAGCUCAUGCCGUACUGGUCGUACGGCUUCCACCAGUGCCGAUGGGGCUACGGCUCUGUCGACGCGCUGCGCACGGUCGUGAGCAAGUACGCGAGCAACAAGCUGCCGCUGGACGUCAUCUGGUCCGACAUCGACUACAUGAGGAGCUACCACGACUUCACGCUGGACCCGACCAACUUCCCGCAGGCCAAGAUGGCCGCCUUCAUGGACGAGAUCCACGCCGCCGGCCAGAAGUUCGUGCCGAUCAUCGACCCCGGCAUCCCGGACGACACCAACGACUACGCGUACACGAAGGGCCUGUCGAUGGAUAUCUUCAUCAAGGACACGAGCGGUAAGCCGUACCUGGGCCAGGUGUGGCCUGGGCCGACGGUGUUCCCCGACUUCUUCCACCCGAACGCCAAGUCUUACUGGGGUGAGCAGAUCCAGCUCAUGUACAAAAACUUCGCCUUCGAUGGCCUCUGGAUCGACAUGAAUGAGCUCGCGAACUUCUGCCCUGGAACGACUUGCGUGCGUCAGUCGGGCGUAACUUGCCCGAACACUGGAAGCAUCAAUGCCAUCACGACGUGUUGCUUGAGCUGCUCGGGUGACGGCAACAAGUACGACAACCCGCCGUUCAAGAUCAACAACGUCAACAGCCACGACGCCAUCUACAACAAGGGGAUCUCCACCAGUGCGUUACAGUACGGCAACAUCCGCCAGUACGACGCGCACAACCUGUACGGCAUCACCGAAUCCAUCGUGACCAAUUCCGUUCAGGAGGAGCUGGCCAACAAGAGGUCCUUCGUGCUCUCUCGGUCGACGUUCCCCGGCAGCGGUGUCCACGUGGCUCACUGGACCGGUGACAACGCCGCUACUUGGAACGACCUGCGGUGGUCGAUCCCCACUAUCCUCAAGUUCGGACUCUUCGGCAUCCCCAUGGUUGGUGCCGACAUCUGCGGAUUCUCUGGUGCUUCCAACAUGGAGCUUUGCGCGCGUUGGACGGCUCUGGGCUCGUUCUACCCGUUCUCGCGUAACCACAACAACCUCGAAGCUCCUUCGCAGGAGACGUACGUG